GUUAUAUUUAGGAAUCGAGCUCGAGGGUGGCCAUCUUUUCAGAUGACAGUCUUCUCUGGGUCCGUCUUCUCUCGAUUUUGGAACUACAUUCAAUAUUAUUAUUGCUGAUGAUAAGAACCUGUACAGAUUGAUUGGACAAGAUACAAAUUGUACCUGAAGCUGAUGUAAGUUGUGUCCGUUUGACAUCAGAAAGUGGCAUUGCCUUGGGAGAGACAUGGCUGAUGCAGAAAUGAUGGAGGGAAAUAUAUUGCCAUGUGCUUAUGUGGUGGAACUAAUAAAGACAGACCCAACACUAAAUAAGAAGUGGACUGAGUUGUACUCAUUCAAAGACGAGAUUAAAAGGCUACGCUUGCGAUGCGAAGACUUUCUAGCAGAAGAUCAUUGCUGGAACCAGGCCUUGAAGGCGUAUGAAGAGAGAUCCUGGCAAACAGAUGGGCAAACUUCAGAAAUGCUCUACAAACUCUUGAUUAGAUCCUACCACGACAAGUGUCAAAACAAUACUGCAGAUGGCAUCAUCAUUUCUGGAGAUUUGACUGCUCUGCAGGAAAAGUACGAGGGAAAGCAUUCAGACCUGAUUAUGGACCUAUUGGAGUGUUUGAAUGGGGAGAGACAACUGCUGCUACCUGGGAGUCAAGUGGAAGACAUGGAUACGAUGGAGAAAGAUGGCGUACUCCACAACGUGCACCAGCUGGACACGUUACGCAAGGAACUUGAUAAUCACAUAAAGUGCUAUGAUCCUAAGAGGGAAAAACUUGAGGAACUGAAGGAAAGGCUUCGUUCAUUAUAUCCAAGCGACCUGUUUCCCAAGCCUCAAAAUGGACUUACUUUUAACAAUCAGGAGGCAAUCGAAGAUACUAAGCGUCAAUUUGAGGAAUGUCGUAUCAGCAAAAGCGAUACUGAAAUGCAAAUUUCUGCAACAUUGUGCAGCAUUGUAGACAAUGCUAAUAUAGUGCUGACAGAGUUGCAGAGUGAAAUGAAACACUGGAGGAUGGAACAGAAAAAGUACUAUGUAGAUGUUGCUGCGAAGCCCAGUAUGCCCUCGAAACCUCCGCUCACUAAAUGGUGUGCACAUGCUGGACAGACCCUGUUUGACCUCAUUCGCUGUUCUCUACCCAACAUUUCUGUGGACAGCGACCCCAAUCUCACACAGAAAAUGCAGAAAAUAAAUGACAUAUUCGACGAAAUGCAGCUGUGCUCUUUUGUAGUCACAGAUCAGGUCAAAAACUUCAUCAAAGUCAGUAUGGGUACAAAAAAGAAGAGUUCCGAUGGACAGGACGAGGAUGAUGAGGACAGUGGUGGAAACAAAAAGUUCAGCUGCCCGAAGUUUAAAGCCACCGUUAGACUGCUUGCUGCUGCCUCUAUUGAUUCAGUGGAGCCAGUACGUGCAUACUUUGUCCACGAGGAUAGUCUAGCACUGGUUGAUGACCCAGCCACUUAUGACUUUUCAAAAUCCAAAUAUCCCCUGAAGGACACAAAACAGAAGGGAUCCUCCAACUCUGCCACCGUCGAGAAGGGGACAGGAACUGCCACAUUCAAAACUCUGGAACUAAAGAGUUUCAACAGGGAGAAGGAAAGUGUUGUGGCCAAGGAAAAGUUCAGGAUUAUGUUUCAAACCAAGCUGAAGGUUGGAGACAGACUGAUCAAACUAUGGACGAUGUCACUACCAAUUGUAGUGAUCACUGGUGCCAGUCAACAGUGUAAUGCCUGCGGAUCUCUCCUGUGGCAGUGUUUAAAUCCAGAGGAUGAGGAACAGUUCCCACCCCCUCCGUGUCCAGAAAACCUGCACUGGUCUCAGGCGAAAGAAUUGUUAGACACCAAACUCAAGUAUCUUGGCGGGCGAGGUCUCAACCUGGAUGAGGAGAAACACCUAAUCUCCAGAAUCACAGGUAAUCCACAGGCAAAUAUUGAAGAGGACCCUGUGAUUCCCUUCAACAAAUUCUGCAUCGACAAAAUGAUGGACAUCAGCGAUCCAAAUAAGAAAACAGAUGAUCGUAAGAAGUCGGCGACAUUCUGGAUGUGGUUUCAGGCUGUUUAUAACCUGAUUAAUACUCACCUCAAGGAGUACUGGAAAAGAGAACUUAUUCUUGGCUUCCUCGACAAGGACCAAGCGAUACGGUGUCUCGAGGGAUUUAAACCCAACACAUUUCUGCUUCGCUUUAGCAACAACAUCAUAACUGAUGCCCAGGGCCAGAAUAUGUGUGGGGCUGUCUCAGUGUCAUAUCUCAAAGCUGGAGGAACAGUAGACCACAUGACUCCCUCUAAUGCCGAGGAUCUCAAGAAAUACAAUCUGGCCCUGACACUGAAGAGGAUGAUAAAUAGUAAAACCGGCACGUGUGAGAUGAAAUGGGUUUAUCCAUCAAUGAAAUCCAGAGAGGAGGAGUACAAGGAUUUCCUGGAUGUUGACCCAGAACCACGAAAACACAAGGACGGCUAUACAAAGCUAAGGGAAAUGCUAGUCAUUGACCCAGUGGAGGAGCUGGCGGAAGGCUUUGGAACGCUGACAACGGAUGUACGUCCAAAGAAGAGACCAGUGCAUAGGGUCAAAGGACAGACAGGGAAUCGGAGUGACAGCAAGGUGGCCAAGGUCAUAGGCAAAGCAGCCCCAAAUCAAUGUCAAGGGCAUAUGCAAGAUGGUGUACUGGGGGAAAUGGGGUAUGGGCAACAAUCUGGAAACAUACCUACAGUGUUAAAUGAAAGGGAACCAAAUGUGCAGUCUUCCACUACUUUGAUCUCACUACCAGUCCAAGGAAGCGCUACUUCAAGUAGGACGAUGUCUGCACCUGCUGUUUCAGAUGAUUUGACUAACCAGUUAUCUUCCUUCACCAGAAGUCAAUCACUCCCUCAUGCAAACAUGUACCCAAAGCUUCAAAGUAUCUUAUCUGGACCGGUGAAGGAUGGACUCAAAUCCAAGUUAAAACAGAGUCCUAAUGCUGCACUGUAUCCACAAGGGGUUGUAGAGGUCAACCAGGACAUUGGUUUGAGUGAUGCUAAGGACAGGAUGGACAUGAGUCACAUAGAGCAGAAAACCAUCACCGGUGGCAACGAUGGAUUCUCCCAAGUUGAAUCAAAGGUCAAACCAUGCAGCUCACCUGCUUCUACACUGCCAAUGUUUCAGGGCGGUCUGAAACAGAGUGGCUCUCCUCAGUCUCAAAGAUUUGUGGAUACGAAGAUCGAAGCCAAGUCACCACUGCAAAAUGUACAGCCGACGACAAACAUGAUGGAGCUACCACACAACCAGACUCCCCUGUCUUUACCCAACACUACUCAGAUAACUGGUGUACCUGCCCUGGUUCCCCACCAAAUGCGAACCAACAGCCAGCAAGCAGUAGAGCCAGUGAUAACCGAACCUAUAGUUGGCCAGCAUUGUCAAGUACCAAUGCAAUUCUAUGAACCAGAGCAGCAUGAGAUAUUUUCGACAGACUUUUCUGAAGGAACCGCACAGCAAACCCAACAAGAACAUGGUUACCCGAACCUUGAUGAUAUUGAUAUCAAUCUCCUGGAUGCCUCAAUGGACCUUCUGAAUCCUUCUUGGGGGAAUUUCGAAGUUUUUGAUAUCCCAUUUCAAAAUGCAAACUAGAAAAUAUCGGGCAUGGUUUCCCUCGGUACCUGAUAACCUGUGCAGCCCACAUCAAACCAUUGACAAUGCAGGGCGAGUCAGAAGAUGAAACAGCACUUUGAUUCUAACCAUGGAAAGGGGAAACAGUCCCUUAACUCAUUCACCCCUGAAGACGCAUUUGAACUCUUCCAAUUCCAAGGUUUGAAUAGUCCAUUAUAAAAUUUCAGGGGUGAAUGAGUUCAUUAGAAUCACAUCAUGUGGUUAUAUUUAAUAGAUAUAUUGUAUUUUUUGUGUGUACAUUUUCCCAGAAAGUCUUUAGAUAUGCAACAUUGUAUUAUAUACAUGACAGUGUGAUACAAGGUUCACAAUUAGGGGAAUGUUAUCAAUCUGUCCUUUUUUGCUCACCUGGCCUGAAGGGCCAUAUAUAUAGGCCUAUGCAUGGUACAGUCUCCUUCGUCUCUCCAUCAACUUUUUGUUUAAAACACUCCACUCCUCCUGAACAGCUCACCCAAUUUCAACCAAAUCUUGGUCAGAACUGCUACUGGGCCAAGGGGACUCAAUCUUUAAAUGAUGUUCCUGUCGUUGUCUACAAUAAUUAUUAUUAUUUGAAUUAUUUUGGCUCAAUAAGAAAUCCAGGAUGGUCACACUGAUCUCAAGUUAACAGAAGUAUUUAAAUGUCUUAUCUAGUUGAGAUAGCAGCUAAAGAACCAGGUGAGCAAUAGAGCCAGGCCCUAUGGGACUCUUGCUAAAAGAGAGUAUUCCAUCAGCAUCGCAUUGGUGGGCAUGCUUUACUCAUGUUUCCGCUGAAACUGGAUUUGGGAGACAACAGGUAUAUAUUCACUAUUAUAAAUGUCUGUCCAUCAGAUUGGUGCCUUAAAUAUUCAGGCCGUACAUUUUGAAAGGCUGAAGACACUUUGAUGAAAUGUUUGUAUCCAUCACCAUUAGUUUCACACUCCCAUCUCAAGGCUGAUCAAGGUCACGAAGGUCAUUGGUCCAGUAACUGUUGCUGGAUUAAAUGUAAUGUACAUGGUACUAAUUCGCACCUUUACCUCAAGGUCAAGGACACACGCUUGUUCUGUCUUGUGGUAGCUUUUUUGUGUACAGUUAUUGAAUACCAGUAUGUACCGGUGAUAUAGUGCUAUAUAGUUAGAGCUUUAUUUUUGUCGGUUAAAUUUUGGAUUUUUUGGAAUUGUUUUCCUGGAUAAUAAUUCAGGGAUUAUAUAAAUGUAUAUAUAGUCCUAACCGUCAUUCUCCAUAUAUAGAAGUAAUGGCAACACAUUUCAACAGUGCAACUUUCAGACCGGGGAAAUGUUAUUAUUGAAAAUUAAAACCUUUGCAUCAUAUAUAUCACUGCAUGAACACAGCAGUAGUAUAUUAUGAAAUGUUUUCUUUGUGUAGCAGUUUUGUAUUUUUGGCACUGUGAGGUUAAUUUCGUAUAUAUAUAAAUUGCUUCACAUAUAUUUAUUUAAUACACAUAUACAUUCUUGUUUCUGUUAUGUAAAAGAUAUAAUUUGUUUUCUCUAUAUUACCUUAAGUUUUUUUUUCUACUUAUUUUUUUUUAAAUGUCAUAGUUAUUAGUUAUGGACACAUGGGAGCUAGAAUCAACAUUAUAAAUGUUGAUGUUCCUAUACACAGAAUAUGCUUGUUUGUUAAGCUAUUGUCUCAUUAUAUAUAGUUAUUGAUGUUUGUGUCAGUCUUUCUGAUUCAUGCAGUGUUGUGCAGCAAAAUUAAUGUAAGUUUUCGUCCAGUCAAAUUCUAAUUCUUUGAUGAUCAAAAACAUUUUCACUCAACUAAUUACUAUGUAUAAGUAUGUUGUUUACAAAAUGAAUGUUCGCUGUCAUGAUAAA